CGCCCUGCUGGCCAUAUGAAUCCCACAUGCAGAGUCGACAUCAACGAGCCAGAAUGCCAGCAAUGGAUGGCCGCAGUAUAUGCCAAAUGUCGGGAUCUCUUCGGUACGGAAUCGUUGCCAUUGUGGUGGGUCAACGACACCCCUGCUGUGUACAAGGCGGAUGUCGCGGCCAUGACUGUGGCAGACUGCCAUCGGCUCAAGAGGCAAUUGGCCGUCGAAGUGGCCGACGAGGAGGAGGAUCUCCAGCUGGAUAAUGUUGGCCUGGGCAGAAUGGUGGCUCUCUUCGUGGCCUGCGGAGCCAUCCUCAUGCUCGCCGUUCUUCUGUGCGGAAUGAAGUGCCAAGGCGCAAGAGCUGUCCAGGCAGCCGAGGCGAAGGCCGCAAGGGUUGAGCCGCAGGAAGAUCCACCUGAUCUGAACGCCACAAAAAAGAGGAAUAAGACCGCCAAGUGCAAAAGCUGGAUGCGCAGGAGCUGUCGGCGCUUCUUCCUCCACAACGAAUCCCAAAUAAGAAGGUCUCAGGCCAAUGCUGAAAGGGAGGUGGCUGUGCGCAACGAACGCACCCGGCAAAACAUCGCCAUGUGGACAAAUGCUCGGGAGCGCGAUGCCCAGAAGAAAAGGGAAAAGCUUCAGCGAAGUCUGGAAAAGGCCUCGAAAAAGAAAGCUCUCACGGCUAAAUAAACUACAUAGGUUAAAUAUAUUUUUUAAUAUCUUUCUUAAUAAAGCC